AGUUCAUCUACUCGCCCUCUCGAAAAGGGUAUAGAGAGAGAGAGAGAGAGAGUGGAGGAAUGGGGUGGGCAAUCGCUUUGCAUGGCGGCGCCGGCGACAUCCCGGUGACUCUUCCACCGGAACGCCGUGUGCCGCGGGAGGCCACCCUCCGCCGUUGCCUUGAUAUCGGCGUCGCUGCUCUCCAAUCCAAACACUCCCCUUUGGAUGUCGUCGAACUUGUGGUGCGUGAACUAGAAAAUUGUCCACACUUCAAUGCUGGUAGGGGGUCUGUCCUAACCAGUGAUGGCACAGUUGAAAUGGAGGCUUGCAUCAUGGAUGGUAAAACAAAGAAAUGUGGCGCUGUUUCUGGUCUCACCACUGUCGUUAAUCCCAUAUCUCUAUCUAGGCUGGUUAUGGAGAAAACUCCUCAUAUAUAUCUUGCAUUUGAUGGUGCUGAGGCAUUUGCAAAGGAACAAGGGGUUGAAACUUUGGAUAGAAGCCAUUUCAUUACUUCAGAAAAUAUUGAGAGGUUAAAACAAGCAAAAGAAGCCAACCGAGUUCAGCUAGAUUAUACACUGCCCACCCCAAAAGAACAAGCAAAAGAAACCAUUGUUGCUGACGGGGAUAGCCAAAUUGGGACAGUUGGAUGCGUGGCUGUCGACAGCGAUGGAAAUUUAGCCACUGCAACUUCUACUGGUGGAUUUGUCAACAAGAUGGUGGGAAGGAUUGGUGACACACCCAUUAUCGGUGCAGGGACGUAUGCCAAUAGCUUGUGUGCAGUCUCUGCCACUGGAAAAGGCGAGGCCAUAAUGCGAGCUACCGUAGCACGAGAUGUGGCAGCUCUUAUGGAGUACAAAGGGCUUUCUCUCAAGGAAGCAACAGCUUAUGUAAUUGAAGAGUGUGCACCUAAAGGCACUGCUGGCUUGGUUGCUGUGUCUGCUAAAGGAGAAGUCACGAUGCAGUUUAAUACAACGGGUAUGUUUAGAGCUUGUGCUACGGAAGAUGGGUAUUCUGAAAUGGGAAUAUGGCCAUCCGUGUGAAGUUAAAUUAUUAGGGUUUGGUAGUUUAAUCAUCGUCUUUAGUCUUAAUAGUAACAACAUUGUUAAUUUAUUAGGGUUUGGUAUUAAAGUUCCAUUUGAGGGAAGGAUGACGAACCAUUCUGUUCUGUCAAGUAUUACUUUUGGUCUCUGAUUUGAUGGUGGUACAUGCUAGGUCUUUUGUGACAAUUCAAGUUUCCUUCUAUUGUUAGGUCUCAACUUUGUCAAUAUUGGUCUCUGAUUUGAUGGUUGUGCAUGCUAAAAAUCAGUCUUUCGUGAUAAUUCAACUUUACUUCUAUUAUUAGAUCUCGA